AUGCCUUCCCCCGCCGCAGGAAAGAGUGAUACCCCCCGCACUCCCACCAAGCUUGGCAGGAAGGUUCAGCAGUCAGCUCCUAAGCUGAACAAGCCGCAAUCACAGGUGCCUGACACAUCUGACGUCUCUGAGAAGGCUCAGUCAACUGUCGAGGAUACCAAGGACCAGGCGCAAGAUGCCGCCGAAGAUGCCCAGGAGCAAGUAAAGAGCACAGCCGAGGACCCCAAGGAUACCGUAGAAAGUACCGCGGGAGAUGCCAAGAAGAAGGCGGAAGACACUGUCAAAGACACUAAGGACGAUGUCGAGGACGCCGCCGAGGAUACAACCGGCAAAGUCUCACAGAAGGGCGACGAGCUCUCCGAAGCGGAGCCAAAACCCAUCGAUGACAAUGAUGUGGAGACCGAGGAGAGUGAGGAUGACGCCACACAGAAGGCCGGCGAUGAGGCCGAAGACACAGUCGACAACACCGACGACGAUGCCACAGAAACUGCCAGCAAGGCUGGCGAGGGUGCUUUGAGCGGCGCUCGCGGUCUUGCUGGCCGCGCAUCGAACCUUGCUGGCAAGGCCUCCAAGGACCCCAAGGGUGCCGUUGAGGAUGCUAGUGAGGAGGUGCAAGACAAGUCUGCUCUCGAUGCUGCCGACGACGUCACUGAAACUGCGAAGGAUACCGCUGAGCAGGGCAAGGACACUGCUGAAGGUGUUGCCGACGACGUCAAGAGCAAGGCCGAUGAUGUGACCGACGAAGUUGGUGACAAGGCCGAUGACGCUACCGGCACUGAUGUUACCGGCGAUGUCAAAGACAAGACCGACGAUGCUAAGGCUACCGCUGAUAGCACGGUCGGCGAUGCCAAAGACACAGCCGAAGAUGCGAAGGACGGUGCCGAAGAUGCGAAGGACGGUGUCGAAGACGCGAAGGACGGUGUCGAAGACGCCGCCGACGACGUUAAGGACUCUGUGGAGGAGCAGACCGGUGGCCUUGAUUUGAGCCUCCUCAAGGGCCUUGAGGUAGAUGAGGAAGGUCUUGUUAACAAGGAUGGCAAGCCUAUCGGCCGCCUUGUUGAGGGUGAUGCCGAGGAUCUUGCUGGCUACCCAAUCGGCGAUGACGGCGAGAUUCUCGAUGACGAUGGUGACCUCGGUCUGACUUCCGACAAGACCGGUCAGAUCCUUAACGAGGACGGUGACUUUGUUGGCCACUUGAUUGAGGGCGACCCAUCCGACAUCCAAGGAAAGCAAUUCAACGAGGAUGGCGAAAUCGUCGACGAGGAUGGUAACGUUCUUGCCCGAGCUGAACUCCACCCCGAUGCCGCCGACCUCAUCGACGACGACAAGUCGGGAGCCGUUGAUGGCGUCAAGGACGCCGCAGAGGGUGCCAAGGACGAUAUCAAGGACACCACUGAUGGCGCCAAGGACGACAUCGAAGACAAGGCUGCUGACAUUGAGGAUGAGCUUCCUGGUGUUGAGGCACUGGAGGGCCUCGAGGUCAACUCUGAAGGCGAAGUCCUGAACGACGACGGCGAUGUUGUCGGCCAAGUCGGCGAGGAUUUCGAGGGCGAUGUCAAGGACUUGAAGGGCCUCACUGUCAACGAGAAGGGUGAGGUCGUCGACUCCGAGGGCAACGUUCUCGGCAGCGUUGAGCUUGCCGAGGGUGCUGCCGAGAAGCUCAAGGAGUCUGCCAAGGAUGCUCUCGACAUCCGCAUCCUGGAUGGCCUGAAGGUCAACAAGAAGGGCAAGGUCCUCGAUGCUGACGGCGAGGAGGUUGGCGAGCUCUCCGAGGGCGACGUCAAGGCCUGCGCCGGUAAGACCAUCAACGAGAAGGGCGAAGUCCUCGACAAGGAGGGUAAGCCCAUCGGCAAGGUCCAGGUCGUUGCCGGCGAGGCUGCUUUUGAGGCCCAGAAGGAGCUCAAAGAGCGCCUUGGUGAGGUCGAGCCCGAGAUGGAAGAAGUCGAAGUCAUCCCCGAACUCGACACCCUUGAAGGCCUCAAGGUCAACAAGAAGGGUCAGGUUCUCGACGAGGAUGGUGAGCCUAUUGGCGAGCUCGAGGAGGGUGACCUCAAGGAGUGCGCCGGCAAGAAGAUCAACGAGAAGGGUGAGGUCGUCGACAAGGACGGCAAGGUCCUUGGCAAGGUCAAGACCCUGCCCAAGAUCAUCGAGCAGCAGGUCGAGCAAGCCGAAGAUGCUGCUGAGGACGCCGAAGAUGCUGCUGAGGACGCCCAAGAUGCUGCCGAAGACGCUGUCGAGGGUGCUGAGGACGCUGCCGAAAAUGCGCGCCCGCCCCUUUCCAUCCUUGACGGGCUUACUGUCAACAAGUCGGGCAAGCUCAUUGACGACAACGGCAACGUUGUUGGCGAGCUUACCGAGGGCGACGCAAAGAAGCUUUCCAAGUCUGGCAUCACCUCGGAUGCUGAGGGUCAAUUCUGGGACAACAAGGGCAACGUCAUCGGCCGUGCCCAGACUGUUCCCCAGGAAGAUGCUGAAGAUGAGGCAUCCUUCGCAGUUGUCGGCCACGCCGAACGCUACGAGGAAGAGGAGAUUGAGGAGGAGGAAGAGGAGGCAGCCGAGCCAGAGGAUCUUUCGAUCCUGAAGGGCAAGACUGUCAACAAGCAGGGCAACGUCAUCGGCGACGAAGGUGUACCCAUCGGCCGCCUCGUUGAGGGCAACGCUAAGGAGCUCAACGGACGCCAGAUUGAUGAGAACGGCCAAAUCUGGAACGAUGCUGGCAAGGUCAUCGGUCGCGUCGAGCUCAUUCCUGAGAACGAGCGUGAGUCCAAGCCCGAGGGCAUCUUCGGCGGUCUCGAGGGUCUGCGUGUUGUCGCUGACGGCAAGGUCGCUGAUGAGGAUGAGAACAUUGUUGGCGAGGUUGUCGAAGGUGACCCCAAGCGCCUCCUUGGACUCCGCGUUGAUGAGGAUGGUGACAUUCUUGACAAGUUUGGUAACGUCAAGGGCCACGCCGAGCCCAUUGAGGAGGAGGCCCCAGAGGAAGAGACUCCUGAUGACCUGUCUGUCCUUGAUGGUCUCACCCUGAACAAGCAGGGUAAGCUCGUCAACCAAGAGGGCAUUCCCAUCGGCCGUCUGGUUGAGGGUAACGUCAAGGAGCUCUCCGGCCGCAAGUCUGAUGGCGAAGGCCUCAUCCACAACGACACUGGCAAGGUUAUUGGCCGUUGUGAACUCAUUCCCGUGAGUGAGCGCGAGUCCAAGCCUGAAGGUAUCUUUGGCGGCCUUGAAGGCCUCCGCGUCAUUGCUGACGGUCAGGUUGCUGAUGCCGAUGAUAACGUUGUCGGUGUCGUCGUUGAGGGCAACGCUAAGCGUCUUGUCGGCCUGCAUGUCGACGAGGAUGGAGAUAUCCUCGACAAGUUUGGCAAUGUCAAGGGUCACGCUGAGCCAAUCGAAGAUGAGGAGGAGGAGGCUCCUGCUGACCUCUCUUCUCUAGACGGCCUCACUCUCAACAAGCAGGGCUUCCUGGUCAACAACGACGGCAUCCCUGUCGGUAAGCUCGUUGAGGGUAACCUGAAGGAACUUGCUGGUCGUAAGUCCGACGGCGAGGGUCUCAUCCACGGAGACACUGGCAAGGUUGUUGGUCGCUGCGAGUUGAUCCCUGACAACGAGCGUGUCACUCGCCAAGAGGGAGCAUUCGCCGGCUACGAGGGCCUGCGUGUUGUCAAGGAUGGAUUCGUUGAGGACAACGACGGCAACCGUGUUGGACAGAUCACCGAGGGUGAUGCUAAGAAGCUCGUUGGUCACUCAGUUGACGAAGAUGGCGAUAUCAUCGACAAGUAUGGUAACGUCAAGGGCCACGCCGAGCCUUUCGAGGAAGAGGAGGUUGAGGAAGUCGACCUCUCUGCUCUUGCCGGCUGCACCGUCAACAAGGCUGGCAAUGUCGUCGAUACCUCUGGCACCAUCCUCGGACGCGUUUCUGAGGGUGACCCAGCAACUCUUGUUGGCAAGAAGGUCGAUGGCAAGGGCCAAAUCUGGGACAACGCCGGAAACAUCGUUGGUAAGGCUGAGCUCGUCCACGGCGCCUCGUCCGGUCCCGAGGGCCCAUUCGCCGGCUUUGACAACAACUCUGUCGCCAAGGACGGUACCGUCCAAACUGCCGAUGGAGACAUCAUUGGUCGUGUCAUCGAAGGUGAUCUCAAGAAGCUCACCGGCCACCACGUCGAUGAGGAUGGUGACAUCAACGACAAGAACGGCAAUGUUAUUGGCAAGGCCGAGCGCUGGGAGCCAGAGGAGAAGGAGCGUCGCAUCAACCCUAUGUCUGGCAUGCGUGUCAACAAGGAGGGUGAUGUCCGCGAUGAGAACGGCGAUGUCAUUGGUCGCCUCACUGCUGGUGACCUUGGUCACUGCGCUGGUCUUGAAAUCGAUGACAAUGGCUACGUCAUUGACAACGACGGCAACAAGGUUGGAGAGGUCACUCUUCUCGGUAACAUCCAGGAGGAAGAGGAGAUUCCCGAGGAUGAGACAGAUGAGGAGAGGCAACGUCGUGAGGACUCUGAGCUCGCCAACAAGAUGUCUGCCAUCUGCCAGCAGACUCUUGAGCGUGUCCAGCCCAUCAUGAAGCAAAUCACCGAGCACAUCGAGAAGGCUGACCGCACGCCCCGCGACGAGCUUGACGAAGAGGAGCUUGUCAACAACGUCAAGCCUCUCAUCGAAGAGGGUGGUCGCAUUUUGAACGAGUGCAACGGCUCGCUCCGUGGUCUCGAUCCCGAUGGCCGCAUCGCCGCUCAGGCCAAGGGCCGCCAGCAGACCGGCGAAGCCACACCCGAGGAGUACAAGCUUGCCGACAACCUGAAGGAGCUGACGUCUUCUGUCGUCACUACCAUCGACAACGCAAAGAAGAAGAUCUCCGACAUGCCCCACGCCAAGAAGAAGCUGAACCCUCUUUGGUCCCUGCUCACCGAGCCUCUGUUCCAGAUCAUCGCCGCCGUUGGUCUGCUGUUGACUGGUGUUCUCAACCUGGUCGGCAAGCUCCUCAACGGCCUCGGUCUCGGUGGCUUGGUCAACGGACUUCUUGGUGGUCUUGGUAUCAACAAGCUGCUUAGUGGUCUCGGCCUUGGAGGCCUCUUCGGAGGUGAUGACAAGAAGAAGAAGAGCGGCGGCGUGAGCAACAUUCCUCUCGUCGGCGGUCUUCUCGGUGGCAAGAAAUAGACGGCGCGUCUGAUAGACGUGAGCGGUAUGAUGUUGAUGAUUCCUAAUCGCCCAAAAAUGAUACCACACACCAUCGACACGAUAGGAUGAAGCCUUUAGCUCUGGCUGGAAGAUCGGGGGGUUUGAAGGUCAAUUGCUGAAGGUGCUCAGACUUGAGGUCGAUGGCUCGGACGUAACGAUUUGCAGCGUUCUCGUUGAAAAAUGCUGUGCUUAGUCUCAGUCCAUGUCAGCUCUUCAGCAAACUUUUCCUUUGUCACAUCCAUCUGUUUAGCGAGCGUUGCUUUUGCACGAACAGCUGUUGUAUGAUUAGUUUGAAGUAAUGAGAUCUCAACCUUCAAUAUGUAC